AUGAUGUUUGCUGCUGAAGGACUCUUGGAGAAGUACCAGGAGCAGAACAGAGGUCUGUGCACAACGUUCAUCUAUCUGACCAAGACCUUUGAUACUGUCCAUUGUGAGCGCUUGUGGAAGAUCAUGCUGGAGUUUGCUGUGCAAAUGAGCUGCCAGAGCUGCAUGGAGAAGGUGCAGACAUCCUUGCAUGGCAUGGCAGGUCUCCAGGGAGUGGAGGUGCACCUGGAGAAUCAGAGUGUCCUGGUGACCACCACCUUGCCCAGUCAGGAGGUGCAGAGUGUCCUGGAGAGCAUGGGGUGCAAGGCGGUGCUCAAGGGCAUGGGCAGCCACAAGCUUCAGAACUUGGGAGCGGUCAUGGCCAUCUUGGGGCAGCCUGGGGCCGUACAGGGAGUCCUGAGCCUCCUACAAGUGUCCCUCCAGUGCUGCCUCAUUGAGGGGACAAUCGAUGGCCUGGAGCCUGGGCCCCGUGGCCUCCAUGUCCAUCAGUAUGAAGACUUGACCCAAAACUGUGCCAGCUGUGGAGACCACUUCAACCCUGAAGGAAUGCCCCAUGGAGGACCGAAGGACACCCACCGGCACCUGGGAGAUCUGUGGAACAUCUAUGCCAAUGGUGAUGGAAGAGCAACCUUCAGAAUAGAGGACGAGCGGCUCAAGGUGUGGGACAUCAUCGGCCAAAGCCUGGUCAUUGAUGCAGAUGAAGAUGACCUGGGGCAGGGAGGACACCCGCUCUCCAAAGUCACCAGAAACUCUGGAGAGAGUCUAGCCUGUGGCAUCAUUACUCGAUCUGCGGUCCUCUUCCAGAACCCCAAGCAGAUCUGCUCCUGUGACGGCCUCACCAUCUGGGAAGAGUGGGGCCAUCCCCUUGCUGGGAAGGGGCAAAGGAAGCCUGCCCAAAACCCUGCUCACCUUUGA